AUGCUUGUGCAGGAUCUCGUGGGUCCAAACGAGGUGGUUCUCGAGGCGCAGGUGCGCGUGUGCACGCGACCCACGCAGACCCGGUCGCUGGGCGAAGGGGAGAUGCGGCGCUUGCUGGAGCAGAUCUUGCUCUCAGGUGUGUCUUCAGGAAAUCAUGUCUCUGCUGCAGAACUUGCUGCCCAUGAGGGGCGGAUGUUCUGCAGCGGCAAUAUGCUGUCCGCCAUCUGCAGGAGCGCGGGGUGGGCCUGCGGUGCGUCACCUGACUCCCCCACAGCAGCAGCAGCAGCAACAGCAGCGGCAGUUGCGGCGGGGGAGUGUUCCCCGGAGGAUCAAGGGACGAAGCUGCGAUCGUCAGUCACCUUCUCCCGCUUCCCCGGAGCUUCUCUGCUGGCGGGCACAGCAGCAGCGCCGCCCGAGGUGGCGUGGGUGCGGGGGCUGGACGCGCAUGCGGCGCCCCUCAAGGAGUUCUCCGUCACCUUCUCUGAGGCCCUGCGCAACCUGCCGCUGGGGGUGCGGCUGUGGUCGCACAACCAGAGGGAGAAGUCCCAGGGCCGGGUGCCAGUGAUUGACCCUUUCUCGCGUGAAACACAGCCAUCAGCAUGCCACGGGGUGCCUUUAGGAGGCAUCGGGGCAUGCAGCAUUGGCCGGGGGUUCCGGGGGGAGUUCAACCGAUGGCAGUUUGCAGCGGGGCAGUGCGAGGACGCCCCCGUGGAGGCCGAUCAGUUCUCCGUGUUCAUCACGAGGCAGGCAGAGAGCCCAGCAGACCAACCCCUCAAGUUCUCCUCUGUGCUUUACCCUGGCGUGCCCAAGGGCGUGCGGAGGAAGGCGAGUGGGUCGGGGAUCGAUGCGUGGGGUUGGAACAUGGAUGGCUCGCGCAGCACCUACUAUGCUCUCUUUCCCCGCGCCUGGACCGUCUAUCAAGAGCCAGACCCUGAGAUGACCAUCUCGUGUCGCCAGGUCUCGCCCUUCAUACCCAACAACUACCAGGAGUCCUCCCUCCCCUCCUCUGUCUUCGCUUUCACUGUAGCUAACACGGGCACGACAGCAGCUGACGUCACACUCGUCUUCUCCCUUGCAAACUCCAUAGGGGGGGACUCUGCCGCAAACGGCGGCCAUCUCAACACUGCCUUUGAGAUGGACAGGGGCAUCAAAGGCGUGAAACUGCAGCACAGGUCCUCCAAAGUGGGCGGCCCAGUGACUCUAGCCAUUGCAGCACGAGGGGGGAGUGGCGCCACCAACACUACUCCUCCCUCUGCCACCUCUGCAACUAAGUCCUCUCCCAUCGCUGCUGACUCAGCCAACGGGAUCGCUGACUCAGCUUGCAGAGCUGCUGACUCAACGAAUGGGAUUGCUGACAGCGGGACUGACGAAGUUCGGGUGUCUGUUUGCCCGCACUUCGUCCUCUCAGGCCCCUGCAAGGGCCUAUCAGCUGCUGACAUGUGGCAGCACCUUGAGAAGACCGGCACCUUCCCCCCCCACCACGAGUCAGCCCUGGCAUCGCACCCCUCAUUCCCCGGCACGGCCAUCGGGGCAGCAGUGGCAGCGUCAGUGUCGGUGCCGCCUGGAGCCACUCGCCACGUGGACUUCACGCUCUGCUGGGACGUGCCAGUUGUGCGCUUCAACCCAGAUAGCCACUACCUCAGGCGCUACACGCGGUUCUACGGGCACCAUGGGAUGGCAGCUCACCUGCUGGCCCGCGACGCUCUUUUGGGGUACAGCAACUGGGAGACGGCCAUAGAUGCAUGGCAGCAGCCCAGUCUGCAAGACGACUCACUGCCUGAAUGGUACCGAGUGACGCUCUUCAACGAGCUCUACUUCCUCACUGCAGGCGGCACCGUGUGGACGGACGGAGGGCCACGGCUGGAGGAGAGGGAGCAGCACGAGUGGCUCAAGCCACAAGACCCCUCCCACUCCCUCGCUCGCUCCGUCCUUCUCUCGCCCUUGCCCUCCGUCAAGGUUGAACAAGGCAAGGCAGUCGAGCCGUCUCAACCUUCCCUCACUCCAUCCUCCACACCACCACCAGCAAAACCAGCAGCAGCACCAGCACCAGCACCAGCACCACCAACACCAACAGCAAUCACAAGGGAAGGCACAAUCCAGCAGCCACCCCACCUCGCCCCCCCAUCCCCCUUCUCCCCAACACCCCUCCCGGGCCCAUGGAACAAGCCUCCCCCCAUCCCAGGCAGGGCGCCCCUCCCCCCCAGCCUGCCCAAGAACCUCCUCCCCCUCGACUCGCCCGCACUGCCCGCGUCCGCCCUGCCAAGAGCCUCCUCUGCACCCAUCAUGCCUGGUCGCCUGCUCUCAAGCACGUCCACCUUGUUCAGCAACAUGGCCAUUGGUCUGUUCCCCGCCUCCCCCAUGCCUCUCCCCACAAGAAAGCCUGCUGCUGGUGUUGCUUCGGGUGGUGGCCUGUCUGCGUCGUCGUCCCUCACUCCGCCUGUUUUCGGCCCUUCUCUUUCCAGUAUCCUAUCCCAAAGUCCUCAGGUGAAUUCCCAGGUAGGUCAGCGAGAUCUGCGAUCCGGGUUGUCACUGAAUGAGGCUGAUUUUGCUGCCCGAAGUCCUCAGGUGGAUUUUCAGGUAGGUAAGCGGGACCUGCGGUCUGGAUCCUCAUUGAAUGACGCUGGGUUGGCUGUGGGGUCUAUUGGGAGGAUAUCGGAGCGACAGGAGGAAGAGGAGGACGCUGAAAGGGAGGGAGGAGAGGGGAGGACGAGCUAUGGUGUUGGCGCUAUGGUGCUAGAAUCAGCACGCAAUGAUGUGGGUGGAGCAACAGCAGGAGGAGGAGAGAUAGGUUCAAUCGAUGCACAAGGUGCAGAAGCUGUUUUCGAGGCGCUUCAAGAAGCAACAUCCACUAGAAGCAGCAGCAACACCGACACACCACAGUCCGCCAGGCAAAGCAGCGACACCACUUCAGCCUCCCUCGCCUCCCCUCCCUCUCCCUCCUCCCUCUCAUCCACCCCACCACAACCCCGCACCUCCCUCACACCACCACCCCGGCCGUCCCUCUCCCUCACAUCAACCCAGCAACAGUCCUCCCACUCGCCCCCGCCGCUCACCCCACACGAGAAGGCGCUGGACCUACCUGCGCCCAUGGCGGGGCGGCUGGCAGGGGGGCCUCUGGGGCCGCACGAGCACUACAGCUGGCGCCUCUGCUCUGGCGUGCAGCUGCUGGGUCAGGGCAGAGGGGAGGGUGGUGCGGGGGUGAGGGGAGAUGGGGAGGGGAACGAGGAGGGAUAUGGGGAGGGGGAGGGGGAAGGGGAGGAGGAGGAGAAUGUGGGGCAGUUUCUGUAUCUGGAGGGGCUGGAAUACAUCAUGUGGAACACGUACGACGUGCAUUUCUAUGCGUCCUUCGCGCUGCUCGCCCUCUUCCCUCUGCUCGAGCUCAGCUUGCAACGGGACUUCGCUGUCAGCACGCUGCUGCAGCAACGGCGCGUGACGAGGUUCCUAGCGGACGGGGCAUCGGGGGUGAACAAGACGCGCGGCAGUGUGCCGCACGACCUGGGGUGCCACGACCCGUGGGUCUUCCCCAAUGCAUACAACAUCCAUGACACCGCACACUGGAAGGAUUUGAACUGCAAGUUUGUUUUGCAGGUGUGUCGGGACUACAGGGCGACAGGCAACGUGCGGUUCUGCAGGGCGGUGUGGGAGGCGGUGGUGGCGGCAAUGGAUGCGGUGGAGAGGUUUGACCGCGAUGACGACGGGCUCAUAGAGAACGACGGGUUCCCCGACCAAACCUACGAUAACUGGCCGGUGCACGGAGUGAGUGCGUACUGUGGCGGCCUGUGGCUGGCAGCGCUGCAGGCAGGAGCAGCCAUGGCUGAUGCAGUGGGCGAGGCCAAGUACGCCCAGUACUGGCGACGGCAGUGUGAGCGGGGCAGGGAGGCGUUUGUUGCCAAGCUCUGGAAUGGCAGGUACUUCAACUACGACAGCGGCAGCAGCAGCAACAGCAACUCCAUUCACGCGGAUCAACUCGCAGGCCAGUGGUACCUGUGGAGCUGUGGCCUGCCGCCGCUCUUUGACUCAGCCAUGGCAUGCAAGGCUCUCCAGAUGAUCUUUGAGUACAAUGUGAUGCGGCUGGAGGGGGGCAGCAUGGGGGCCGUCAAUGGCAUGCGACCCAACGGCCAGGUGGGGGUCUGGGCAGGUGGGAUGUGGGCAGGUGGGAUCUGGGCAGGUGGGAUCUGGGCAGGUGGGAUCUGGGCAGGUGGGAUCUGGGCAGGUGGGAUCUGGGCGGGUGGGAUCUGGGCAGGUGGGAUCUGA